AAUCUAAUGCGCAUGUUCACAGUGCUCCGCCUUGUUCCACCGGGAUAAUCGUCUUCCUCGCGGAGAAACUUGGCCCGUCCAUGAAUUAUAUCUGAUCUUAUUUGUUUUUGGUCCUCGGUAUGGACUCUCAAAAAGAGGCCCUACAAAGGAUAAUUACCACGUUGGCGAACAAAAAUGAGGAGCUGCACAAUUUCAUUGAUACGCUUAGUCACUCCUUGGCGGGAGUUCAGGUGAAUUCCUCACAGGUAGUCUCAGACCUUGAGGAGGAGUUUGACACAUUAUUCUCCAUCCUGGACGAGAUGAAGGGGAGUAUGACCAACGCCAUCAAGCAGGAACAGGCCAGGAAGUCCCAUGAGCUCCAGAACCAGCUAACGCAAAGCACCAAUGCCUUGGAGAGUGCAGAGGAGCUUCUGGAGUUCGCAAACAACGCUCUGCACAUCAAAGAUGAAGACGAGUUCGCAAAGGCUGCCAAACAGAUCAAAGAUAGGGUAACGAUGGCUCCGGCCUUCCGCCUGACUAUGAAGCCCAAGGCCACGGAUAGCAUGACGCAUCUCAUGGUGGACUUCUCCCAGGAGCGACAGCUGCUCCAGAACCUCAACUUCCUCCCUGUUCCACGAGCGCCUGAGAUUGAGGCGCAGGACUGCCUUGUGGUGGACAACACGGUGACCGUAGUCUGGCGGAUGCCGGUGGAGGACAACAAGAUUGACCACUACAUCCUGGAGUACAGAAAGACCAACCACGAGGGCCUCCCCCGUGUCAAGGACGAGCGCUGCUGGGAGGUGGUGGACAACAUCAAGACCACAGAACACACACUUACAGGCCUGAAGUUUGACUCCAGAUACAUGAACUUCCGGGUCCGAGCGUGUAACAAAGCGGCCGCAGGGGACUACUCGGAUCCAGUCACACUGGAGACCAAGGCGUUCAACUUCAGCUUUGAGUCGACCUCCUCUCAUCUGAACCUGAAGGUGGAGGACGGCAGUGUAGAGUGGGACCCCCAGGGGGGCAAGGGCCUGGAGAGCAAAAUCAAGGGCAAAGAGAACAAGGGCAGCGCACACCUUGCCAAUCUGAAGAACAUGUCAAGAAGUGGAACGCCGUCUCCCAAGAGAGCGUCGACUGCACGGUCGCCGGCAGUAAGAGGAGGCAGGGAUCGCUUUACAGGAGAGUCCUACACAGUGCUGGGUGACACGAGUAUGGACUGUGGUCAGCACUACUGGGAAGUCAAGGCCUUGAAGGACUGCAAGUCCUACAGCAUCGGUGUGGCCUACAGGAACCUUGGCAAGUUCGACCAGCUAGGCAAAACCAACACGUCCUGGUGCAUCCACAUCAACAACUGGCUGCAGACCUCCUUCGCCGCUAAGCACAACAACAAGGACAACCCCAAAUCAGAAAAAGUUGGGAUGUUGUGUAAAUUUUUUUCAGGUCAACUCUCUUUCUACAAUGCAGAAAGCAAACAGUUGCUCCACACAUUCAAGACGAAAUUCAGCCAACCUGUAGUACCAGCUUUCAUGGUGUGGUGUGGUGGGCUGUCCCUGUCCACAGGACUUCAGGUCCCAAGUGCAGUACGAAGUUUCCAGAAGACGGAGAACGGCAUUGGUGGCUCCAACAGUAGUCUCAACAGCAUGGCGCAGUAGCCUACGCUUGUCCAAGAACUCACCUCCUCCCCUUUUCUGCUUCCUGUGCAAGCCACUCCCCAUAUCCUGUGCACUUCCUGAAGAGAGCUGCAUCCAUGAACUUAACCUGAAGAGACCCUGUGAAGCAUUAUGGGAAACUGAGUCAUUUUUUUGUGGCACUCUAGCAGCUCGCCUCGCCUUCACUCUGACUUUACUGGAGAUUCUUCCCUUCUGUUUGAGAGACAUCUCUCUCUCAUCCUCAAUAUUUUGAGAGACUCUGGCUUUCUUUUGGGGACAUUUGCAUCAGGAAUGCUAGCUGCUUAAUCAGGGAAUAGAUGAGAGUGCACUUUUCCUCCUUUACUUUGUUCUAGGUUGAAUGCUAUUUUUUUUUUAGAUUUUAUUUCUGAAGUGAGUGUGUUCAGGCAUGAUAACAGUGUCCUUUACCUGCUGAUUUACCUGUUUUAUUCUACUAAUAUACUUAAAGACGUCAGUCUAUUGUUUGUGUGUGUGUGUGUGUGUGUGUGUGUGUGUGUGUGUGUGCGUGCAUGCGUGUGUGUAUGUGAUUAUGAGUGUAUGUAUGUGUAGAGGUAACUGGGAAUAUAACUGGCUGUAACCAUCUAUGUAAUUCAAGGCAUUUUUCCUUGAAUCUCCAUUGCCAGUUCUCAACUGAGCAGAGUAACCUUGUCUUCAAACAAACAAAUGUUUACGCUAUGUACAGAAUCUGAUGUGGGGAGACUUUUUGCACAGUGUAUAAUAUGUAGUGCUGCUUUUUACAAACCCUCUGUUAUUGCUGAUCCAUUUCUGUCACAAUUCUACCUUCAACUGAGAUUGGGACUGGACAUGCACCUGUGAACCUGGACUUCAACUAGUUUUGUAUGCACUGUUGUCAGAGAAAUUGUGCUCUUUUGUCAUGGUCGACCCUGUAAACCAUGUAGUCCUGCUCCCUUAAAAAGAAAUAUUAAUGAUUUCUGGAAGUGUUUGUCCUACCAUGAAAUAAAUUAUUUAAUCAAUGUUUUCACAGUUCAGUAUAAAUGUUUCUUCUAUCAAAAUAAUGCUUAAAUUGGAGAUAUUCAUAAGCUUUUUAUUUUACAAUGGGUGACAGGAGACACUGCCCACACCAAAGAUAUGUUAGCAUACAGUAUAAGAUAAUUUGACAAUAAUAAUAAAAAAAAAGGUUUGCUUGUGUUGCCAUCUGGUGUUCAGAUACCGUAACAGCAAUACGACUGAGGGAAAACAGACCAAAAUGCAGGCCAAAAUUCCUCUCACCAUCCACUUGAUUUGAGAUGACGAAUUAAGCACUUUUAGGCUAUUGUAAUAUUAUAUGCAACUUCCUUGAAUUUCACCUCCACGACAGUUGGUGUUUUAUCAUCCAGCAAGCCUUGUAGGCUUAUAAUCCUACCCUAAUCGUUUUGGUUGCUGUCGAGGGAGAGGAUGGCGUGUGAUAUGAAUAAGAUUUACACAAAUACGUAGUUUGUUGGUCGUAUGUGUGGUUCCUGUUCUUCAAUGAGGAAAUAAAUACUUUUCUUGCCUCAGAA